CAUCAGUGACCAUUUGUUCGCCCCACACACAACACCUCACGAGUAUUUUGCAACAUGUAUUCCAAGAUCAUUGUUGUUCUGGCUCUUGUCGCCGCCGUCAGUGCUCAAAGCCACUACGGACAUCAACAACACUACCAGCCCCAGCACUACCAUCACGAAGAGGAACAUCACGGACCAGUGCACUACGAGUAUAACUACGAUGUGCAUGAUGACCAUACCGGUGAUGUUCAUGGCCAGAAGGAGGCUCGUAAAGACGACUCUACACAGGGCGAGUACUACCUGAUCGAUGCCGACGGUCACAAGCGUACCGUUACGUACCACGUUGAGGGUAAGAGCGGAUUUAUCGCGGAGGUGCACCGUGAGCCGAUUAAGGGAUACCACGCACCGCAGCCCCAUCAUCAGGCUCCGUCUCACUAUAACUAUCAGCAUUAAAUAAUAGCAUAAUAAUAAAAUAGAUACAUGUACUUUUAUCCUAAUAAUAAACGUGGGGCACACUUAAUUGAACAUUGUGUCAUAUUAACUCUCUUAAUCAUUCUCAUGUCAUUUGAAUCUUGUAAAAAUAUAAUAAAUAAUCAAUA